AUGGGUUCUAUACCAAGCGAAUCAACCAGAUCUCGGCGAGAUCGUUCAACGAAACCUGACACGUUCUUCCUGCCGCUGUCCUACGAGCAUGCUGCGAUCUGCCAUGCCCUCGAAACAAUGACCUUUCCGCCGGCCGAGUGUGCAACUCUGGAGAAGUUCCAGUACAGACUCGCUAAAUGUCCUGAAUUGUGCAUGGGUAUGUUCAUCAACUCGGAGGAGGCGGCGAAGCUUGGUGGACUUGCGAGGCAACUUCAGUUCGAUAGCCACGUAGUGAAAAGACGCUUCCUCAUCGGGCAGAUCAGCGCGACGAAGACAACCGACGCCACGGUGACAGAAGCUGCUAUGGCCAGUCCGAGGCCCAAGGAUCACAUCGCAGGCGGGCACAGGCCAGAAGGCCGGACAGUGUGCAUACAUGCCGUUGCUGUGGCGCCAGAAUUCCAGAUGCUCGGACUGGGAAGGAGAAUGUUGACAGCAUAUGUGCAGCACCUGAAGCAGAAGGAUAUGGCGCAUCGUGUGGCAAUAUUGGCUCAUGCCCACCUGCUUGGCUACUACGAAAGCUUCGGCUUCGUCAACAUGGGCUUGAGCAAGAACCCGUACGGGAAUGGCGGCUGGUACGACAUGAUCCUAGACUUGCACAGCAGCACGGCGGCGGCGGCGGCGGUGGCGGCGUCGCAAUUGUGA